CUAUAGUUUGUUGUUUUGAAUUUUAAUAUUCGUCGAACUCAACAUUCGUGCUUCGUAUAUAUUUAUACACAUAUACGUAUUUUUCUAGUAUAUUUAUACGAACAUUUAUUUAUUCUUAAUAAUCAACCAGUUGCUUUGAAUAAUAUUGUGUGUGUAAUGUAUAAAUUCAUAAUGUUUACUUGAAGAGCAAAGGUUUAUGUUAAUUUUUAUGAACAAAUGUUAGUACCUGCAAUAUUAUAAAUUUGUCUUUAUCAUUUUUUAUAAACUUGUGUCAUAACAGUGUUUCGGAGUGUUAUCUCGUGUUAAAUUCUUUUUAUUAUCAAGAAUAAAUGAUUUGGAUGUAAAACAUAACCUUAAUGUUCAAAUUUAGUAAUAGUUUUUUUCAAAAAUAAUUACGCGAUUAUAGUGAGAACCUAAUGGUAUAUAAUAAUGGAAAGAAACGAAGAAGAGUGGUCUGUUGAAUGUUCAGAUGAAGAAAAAUAUGAAGUUGAUUCUAAAAGCGAAUGGACGUUGAAGUCAGAAGACAUACUUUCUUUAAUCGACGGAUUAGAAACUAAUCGUAUACUAGAGCUUGAAUGGAAAUGUCCUGGUAGAAGAGGUCCUUCUCCAUCUCCUUCUAGUAAUCGACAGCAAGAACAUGGCUCUCAAGAAUAUAAACCCGAAGAAAAGUCAGACUUUGAUUUUAUGGAUGAAAUGUCAUCGCCCAGAUUACCAGUACGGAGAGUAGGAGAAAGUACUCCUAAAGGUAGUGCGAAGAAGAAAACUGCCAGUUUUAAUGGUGUUCUAUCGACUAUGUUACGCCAUCGUAGAUUGGAACAACAAGAAAUUAAUUCCAGUCCUAAGAAAAGUGAACCUAAUUCACCAAGUUUGAAAACUCAACCGACUUAACAUUAUUUUUUAUGCGAGGAAAAUACUAAUACUGAUACAAGCGCAUAUUAUAUUUCCAAGAUAUGGGAAAAAUGAGAGAAUGUUUAUUUUGUUCACAUAUAAGGUCUUGAAUACGAAGGCUAUAUAUUGUAUAUGAGUACAAUAUGAAUAUGGAAAUUGAUCGGAAAUAAUUCUUAAAGUAAAUCUUGUAUUUACUAACCUGAAAGCAUUUUUUACCUAAUGAAAGGUACUUUUUAUCACCCUCUAUGAGGGUAUAAUUUAAUUAUAUUUGAUAGAUCAAGAUAAAAAUAGCUAUGUUUAGAAUCCCUUAUAUAUUUUCUAGAUUCAAUAUAUUUUCGUUUAUCUAUUUUCAAUUAAUCAUAUCACAAAUUUCUAUAUUAAUUUAUUUUUACUUGAAAUAGACUUAUCAAUUGAACUAAGUAUAAUGUGUGCAUUCAUUUUAAUAUAUUUUAAGAAUAAGAUGGAAGGGAAUAGGACAGGGUAAUGAUGCACGAUACAUAAUUUUAAUCAACAGAAUCCUAGUAUUUUUGUUGCACAUAAAUCCUUAAAA